CAGAUGUUAGCAUAGUUACCUUUGAUAUCUCAAACGCGCUACAACCUCAACUAAAAAUGAAAUUCCUGAUUGCUUUCGUCGCUCUCUUCGCCGUUGUGGCACACCUUAAUGCUGCACCCCUCAGUGCACAACAGCAGGCAGACGUACAGAUUUUGAGGUUGGAUUCGGAUGUUGGACCCGAAAACUUCAACUACGCUUUUGAGACAUCCGAUGGUACUGCAGCCCAAGCUCAGGGCCAGCUGAAUAAUGUUGGAACCGAGAAUGAGGCUAUUUCUGUUAAGGGCUCGUACUCGUUUGUCGGCGAUGAUGGUGUUCAAUACACUGUUCAAUACAUUGCCGAUGAGAACGGAUUCCAGCCACAAGGCGCUCACUUGCCCGUCGCACCUGUUGCCUAAGAUGCGUUUCCUUAAAACCUAAAUAAAUUAAAUUUAAUAAAUGUUUUUUAAAAA